AUGGCAAAUCUACUCAAAAAACCAGUAAAGCUUGGAUUAAUCCAAUUAGCAUCUGGCGCAGACAAAUCCAAAAACCUAACCCACGCCCGCUCCAAAGUCCUCGAAGCAUCCAAAGCCGGUGCCAGAAUAAUCGUCCUCCCAGAAUGUUUCAACAGUCCCUACGGCUGCGACUACUUCCCGUCGUACGCGGAAACCCUCCUCCCCUCACCCCCAAGCGCAGAACAAUCACCCUCCUUCCACGCCCUAUCAUCCAUAGCCAAAGAAACGGGCACAUAUCUAAUCGGCGGCUCAAUACCCGAGAUCGAACCGGAGACGAAAAAAUACUAUAACACAAACCUGACGUUUAAUCCGCAAGGCGAGCUCAUCGCUACACAUCGCAAAGUCCAUCUCUUCGACAUCGAUAUCCCAGGGAAGAUCAAAUUCAAGGAAUCAGACAUCCUAAGUCCGGGGAAUAAAGUAACGGUCGUAGACUUACCCGAGUACGGAAAAGUAGCGAUAGCAAUAUGUUACGAUAUCCGCUUCCCAGAACUCGCCAUGAUCGGUGCGCGACACGGAGCAUUCGCCCUGAUAUAUCCAGGUGCCUUUAACACGACGACGGGGCCGUUACAUUGGAGGCUUCAAGGACAGGCGCGCGCGAUGGAUAAUCAGGUUUAUGUGGCCUUGUGCAGUCCGGCGCGAGAUACGACGGCGACUUAUCAUGCGUAUGGACAUAGUUUGGUGGUUGAUCCCAUGGCGAAGGUAUUGGUGGAGGCCGGGGAGAGUGAGGAGAUCGUGUAUGCGGAUUUGGAGGGUGGGGAAAUUGAUAGUGCGAGGAAGGGGAUUCCGAUUUAUGAUCAGAGGAGGUGGGAUGUUUAUCCUGAUGUGAGUAAGGAGGGCGUCAGGUUCGAAGAAUAG